UCUUAUUCCCCCUCGUGGAAAAUGGCUGGCGUAUUACCUACUAAAUAGCUCACGUUUCCCUUUCUUCAAAACGUAGGACUUUCCUAAAAUCACUGUCACCAUAAGUUUCAAAUAUCCCUUGCUAAAGAGAUCGUCCUUGUUGUCAUCAUGGCUGCUCCUCAGUCUGAAGCUGCAUCGCAGCCAUCCGUUCCUGAUUAUAUGAAAGAUCCAAAUGCCGUGCUUGGAGAUGUCGAUGCUGAGUGGAGGAAUACUCGACCACCAGACUAUUCAAAGACCCGAGUCUUCUAUUCAGAAACAAAGCGACGUAAGCACGAAGCCGGUAGUCUGCCCGAAUUGGUUGAAAACCUGGUCAAGAAUUGGGAGAUUGAAGCGUCAUUCAAAACACGCCUUUCAGACUGGCGGACAAUCGAUCAUGAGACCUUCACCUUUGCCGUCAAUGAUCUAAAGCCUUGCUCGGCAGAACAUAUGCUUCGCGUGGGUACUUACAACGCUAUCAUCUCUCCUUGCAAAUAUUACGACCCGGAACACUCCGACUUUGCUGCUAGUCACAAGACGUUCAAGAGGAUGAUGCCGGCUUUUGCGUGGGAAGUGCUAGAGGUGCAUAGCGGACCACCUGUAGUCUCAUUCAAGUGGCGGCACUGGGGUGAGAUGAAGAAUGAUUAUGUGGGCCAAAACAGCAAUGGAGAGAAAGUCACGGUCAAGGCGAAAGGGCAGUUGAUUGAUAUUGAGGGAGUUACUGUAGCUCAUCUUAAUAGUGAAUUUCAAGUCACAGAGCUGAAAACGUGGUUUGACUCGAACGAGAUGUUCAGGCAAAUGGACCCUGACGGUAGUGCAAUCAAGAAAACUGUAGGAUAGAAAUAAGGAAGGAUUGAAAUAUUUAUACGGGACAAUACAUCAUAAGUAGCCAUAAAUGAGACAUUAUAUAGGCAUGGCCCCAAUAAACAGUAACCUGGUAAAACCGCAGACUCGUUCAACGUUGUCUUCAAGUUAGUCAUCUUAACCAAUAGACCUCAUGUGGGAGUCAAAUCCGUGUUAUCUAAAAGGACCUCGUAUCGUGUGGUGUCUUUCUUCAGUGGUUAGGCUCCCUGGGAUAUAGGGAUUAUUGACAGGUAAAUUUCAGUGUACCUAGGUACAGAUCACUACUAAGUAAGUAUCUCUUAGCCCAGACCUAAUACGGGGUAGGUAGGUAGGUACCGAGGUAUUUCCCUAUUAUUCCAAGGUUGUCACUAACUGCUCAG